AUGUUCGCCAACGUUCUACCGCUCUCUUACCAAAGCCAGAAUCUUUCCUUUUCUGAUUGGGUAUCCCUAUCCACACUUUGUUUGUCGCCCCUGAUCAUUCACAUUGUGUCUGGUGUGCCCCCUCGACUUUCGUAUUUGACUUCCAGCCGGCCUGGACUGCUCGAUCGUAUAUGUCUCUACAAUCCGACAUCUAUCAUCUGGCGCUACAUUGCUAUAGCAGAUCGACGCAUUCGUUGUCGCUCAUGGGGUCCCGCGGAAAGAGCAGCCAGUAACGCGGUAUUCUGGACCUCCCAGGGGUGGGAUGGGUCUGAGGAAAUGGUAACGGCAAGCCUGCCGUUCUGCACUCGCCUGCCCGAAAACUUCAGCAUAUUCUCCACGGAAGCCAUCAAGACCCUCAUCAUUACGUUGCAGGGUACCCAGGCUGUAUAUGCACUCUUCGGAGCAGUCGCUGGGAGACUUAAUCCGGGCGGAAACAUAGGACUUGAUCAGGUCUUCUUUCCUCUGGCGGUUCUCGGGCUUCUACGGUUAUGCGCUGCCGCUUGGCUAACGGAUGAUUAUAUGUAUGAGGCCAAAGACUUCACCUCGCAGACGGUGACGGUGUCGGUGUCGGUACCCUUGAACCCGAUGGCGAGAAGAAACGACCUUGUUGAUUCUCAACACAUCCACGUCCCCCCUCAAGGUCCAUUCAAGCCCAUCUCGUACUGGCCUAGCAGAAUGUUCCGCAUUCUCUACCUUGUUCCAUGCAUCGGUAUCUGGAUCAUCUGCGGUCUGAUCGUGAUACCGUGGAGAACCACGACCAGCAUCAUCUACUUUUAUACCACAUCGACCUUCGCUUUGGGUUUAUUGUACCUAUUCGGGUUGACCGUCAGCGUACUGCUCUACGCGUACUACUUCCUCCGCGGCCGCACGACGACGACCAUCAUCCCAUGCGUCUCGUCCCCGUGGUACAAGGCCUACACGCUCCUCCUCAUGGCGUUCAUGGUGGUCAUCAUGGUCAUCAGCUCCAUCGAGACGAGGUUGACCGUUUGUGGCAAGUACACAUCCACCCCCGGUGAGCUGGGCGACUUGUUCAUGUGUGAGACAGCCGGGCGGUGGGUCUUGCCCAUCAAAACCGGGUCGGAGGGGGCGUUCGGCCUGGCAUCUAGAUUUGCGAAUAAUAAUGCAACUGAUAUCGUCUUGGAAGAAGGCCAGAUCUGGAUUGACAGUUUUACGGGCUAUUGUUUGGGAGAGGGGGAUAUCGAUUCGGUGCUGCGCGUGGCGUCUCUGGGCACCGUGAAUGCGGCGCCGGUGUUUACGUUCGCUGGUAUAGCGGCGACUGCCCUUAAAGGGGGUUGGGAGGCACAUUUGUAUCGUGUUGGGGAUGAGUAUGAUUUUGUCGGACAUCCGCUAAAUUAA